CACACAAGAGAUCCAUUCGCUGUCUUGUGUUUGAAAUAUUCGUUCGUUAUGGCCUUGGUGAGAUGGAAGACUUCAAAAGUUGCAACAGAUUACGUUCAGCAAACAAAACAAAAGAAAACUAUUGAGUUGGCGGAAAUAGAACGCAUCGAGGUACUGCUUCAUUUUUCCAUACAUCUUACAGUGUUUUCUUACAAUGUUAUUCCAACCAUAUCCAUCUAUUGGCGUUGUAGGUUCGGAAUAAGACAAGAUGAGAGGAAACAUAGCGUUAAUGAAACCGAUACGCACACAAAAUCACUUUUUUCUAAAGAGGAAUGGAAAGAAAUUAACGUCUCAGAAAUUGGUAAUAGGCUAGAACUUGAAGAGUCUCUUAAGGAAUUAUUAAAAAAAUACACGGUUAAUGAUGUUGAAAAGUGA